GCGCCGGAGGAGGCGCGGCAAACGGGGAGGCUUCGCUGUUCAUCAAAGAGCUGUAUCGGCUUGGGAGAAUAGUGCAAGGUGCCAAUUCUACUCGUUGGGAGGCCAGGUCCAUGGACACUUUGCAGGAUGGCGUUUUCCCGAGGCUCAGCUCCAGCAGCCACGCGCGAUUAUCCCUGUUAUUAUUUCCACGCGUCAUCAGAGGACGAAACAUCGUCUCCAUCGUGGCGGAUCUAAUCUCCGCGACCUUCGACCACUGUGCCGAGCAACGCAAGCGUGAGGAGUUCAAGGUAGCAUUUGGCGAGGUAUGGAACUCUUCGGAAACAGAAUCUACUCUACAUAACUUGGAUGCGGACGAACAUCUCAGUUAUUUUAACUCUACUUGUGCUUCCAUCUUGAACAGUAUUGCUCCAUUAAAGCUUAAAUUUCGUAAAUCAGUACCAAUUCCUUGGCUUAAUGAAUCAGUGCGCUUUCUCAGACAGGCCUGCCGACAGGCCGAGCGCAAGUGGAAAAAGGACAAAUUACAGGUCUCUUAUGAAAUUAUGAGAGAUUCACUUUUUACGUUUCAGAGGGCAGCCAAAGCUGCUAAGUGUAAAUAUCUCUCUGAUCUGAUUAAGAAAAAUAGGCAUAACUCUCGUGUCCUCUUCUCCACUAUUGACUCUGUUCUAAAUCCACCUGUUACUUUUUUCCCUGAGCCUUCUGUCUCGCUUUGUGAAAGUUUUGGAAACUUCUUCACAAACAAGGUUUUGGAUAUUAGAUCUCAAAUGGCUCAGACUGGAUACACACUGUUAGAGAUUCCGUUAUACUCCUCCACAUGGUCUGAGUUUGAGCCACUCAACUUGCACUCCUAA